AUGAUUAGCUUCCGAUCUGCAGUUGUGUGCGGGCUGGUGCAUUUGUGCAGCCUUCAUGCAGCCCUGGCAGGCUCUGUAUCAACUCAACAAAUAAUCAAGGACCUAAAGGCAACUUUGUCACCGGGCUCAGAGGUCGUGCUGACUUCGGAUCCUGCAUUUGCACAAGACUUCACUGCUCGCUUCUCUGGGACUCAUGCGCCACAAUUUGUGGUCGCUGCAAAGCCAAAACUGGUUACGGACGUGCAAAAACUGAUCAAGUAUGCAUCACGCCAGAAGGUGCCAUUUCUUGCAACUGGUGGAGGCCAUGGCUACACAUGGUCACUUGGUCAACUUCAAAACGCAAUACAGCUUGACCUUGGCAACUUCCAAACAAUUGAGGUUGAUGCAGCGGGAAACACUAUGAAGGUUGGAGGUGCAGUCCGCAUCGGCAAUGUCACCCAAGAGUUGCAUGCUCUGGGGAAAGAGUUCCCUGUGGGCAUGUGUCCUAGUGUUGGCGUUUCAGGGCUCACUCUGGGUGGCGGUGUCGGUCCUCUCGGUGGAUUCUACGGCGCCACCUCUGAUAACUUGAUAUCAGCGGAGGUCGUCACGGGCACUGGAAAGAUCCUGACAGCGUCUGCCACUGAGAAUGCCGACCUCUUCUAUGGAAUUAGAGGCGCUGGCUUCAAUUUCGGGGUGGUGACGUCCCUCAAUUAUCGUAUUCACCCAGCUACAAACCAAGGGCGGGUCACUGUUGUCAAUGCUAUGUUCCCCGCGAACUUGAGCACCUCGGUAUGGCAGGCAACAAACAAGUACGUAGGUCACCAUCCGAAAGAGCUUGCUAUUCUGUUUGCAAUUCGCUUCAAUGAGACCCUGGGGGGUAUGUCAUUUGUCGGCAGUUUCAUCUAUUUUGGCCCCGAAACGCAAGCUCUGGAGGUAAUCAGACCUUUCCUGGAUUUGAACCCUCUAUAUCUUGAGGUUAUCAACGAUGCCUCCUACUCAAACUUUUCAUCAGUGGCACUCUAUGGAGACGUCGCCGACAUUGGUCCGAAGAAGAGCAUUGACUUCGCCCCUUAUACUCUGAACCUGUACAAGGUCGAUGUCAAGAAUUUAGUAUCUUCCCUAAACCACAUGAAUGCGACGCUCACUGCGAACCCAAACCUACGGCCUGCAACACUAUCAUGGGCUCAGUACUCACCUGAAGGGUAUUUGAAGUUUCCACUCGAAUCGUCCGCCUUUGCCUACCGGGAUGUCGUUGUCUGGUUCUCGUAUGAUGGAUUUACAACAGAUCCCGCUCAGAUCCCAGCUUUAGAUAAGUUUGGCAAGGACAUUCGUGGCCUGGUACAGCGGGGUAGUGGACGCCGUGAUCUGGAGACUUAUGUCCACUUCAGUCAUGGGGAUGAAGGUCCAGCCGCAUGGUACACCAAAGGGAAGCUUCCAGGAUUGAGAAAACUGAAGCGUACUUAUGACCCCGAGAGCUUGUUCUCAUGGUACAACCCUAUCAGUGGCUAUUAA